AUGGACAGCCAGCUGUUCGCUAUCACUCUCGCUCUUCUUUGUCUCACCGUUUCAGAGGCGAAAGUAACGGAGGUUACGGUGCUGAAAUACGACGGGUUGGAAGGUUACCAUUUCCACAGCGUAGGCCAACUGAAGAAACUCUACACCUUCCAAUUUUGUCUCUGUCCUCGUAACGUUGAAUUACAACUCAAUCCGUCGGAACGCCAUUCUUGCCAGUGUAGUCCCAAUAUCAGGGGUAAAAGCAUAGUCGAGUCUUAUCCACAUGCGGUAUACUCCUCAGCAUGUGUUCACAAGGCAGACUCGGAAAAUUGCUUCAAAACCACAUUUAACCAGGGAACAAACGAACGUCUCUUUGUGAGACUCGGCGUCGAAGAGGAUACCAUCUCUGAACCUGAAUGGCAAGAGUUAUCUGUGAAAGCGGAGAACACCUAUCCUAUUCAAAUCGCUACCGGCGGAAGUAUCAAAUUGACUUACUCUGCCUCCCAGACAGACACGGAUUCGAGCGCAGAGCCAUUUGACUCGAGAUCUGAGGAGCGCAAGGAAGCAGUAUCCGAAUUUCUAACUAUGUUGUCAAAGAAGGGCACGCCUAUGCCAGAAUCACACAAAAGGGUUCCGAAGGCCAUUAAAUCCUACAACGUAGGCUCGAUACGCCAGCUAUUGACGGAAAGUCAAGGGGACCGGGUCAAUCCGCUGAGUUUCAACGUGAAGCAGUUCAAAGAUGAGGUCUGA